GGAAAUUAAGUUGUCUCGAUUUCAUUAUGAUGAAAGAUCUCAACUUUGGCUGGAACCAUUCUCAGAGCUCAUCAAUGGCUUGUUCCCCAUAGAACAAGUGUAUGGAGACUGGAAUUGGUGGCAUGCUGAGAGAGAAGCAAGACUUUUAUUUAAUCCAGAAUCCCUCUGUUCUUCCUCUUCGUCUUACUUACCAACUGGUAGCCGAGCCGAGGGUUUUUGCAUUCCUCGGCUCCUGUAUUCAGAUCGUGAAGGAGAUGUUCCYUUACAUGAAAGGAAAUYCUGGACACCAGAUUUAGAUGAGAUGAAAGUUGAAGAAUGCUKCAUCGAGGAUGARAACAAUAAAUCAAUCGCUAUUUUCACACCAGAACACGUGUCAGAUGAUCCUAGGUAUGUGCAUCUAAGAUUCACCGACCAAUGGAAAGAGGCAAAACCCAGGUAUAAGAAUGCAGAAUUUGUCAACCAUACUUUUUUGGUACCAUCCAAUUGGUUUUCUGGUUUUGUUGUUCAAGGGUGGACAUACGAAAUGCAUGGUCCAGUGCGAAAACUUCAACGAGCACAGAACGAUUCUGGCUUUGUCGCCGGUAUUGAGGAAGACCAGACUGGCGUCUUUAAGUAUCCUUUAGCAUGGCCUAAAGAGGCAAUGGAGUGGAUUAUUCGCCCAAGACAGAAUGCCUGGCCAUCGCCUGAACUUCUUCAAAGUAUAAUUGAAUCGGGAUGUCACUUGGCUCCCGUUGGAAGAGGAAAGCGCCAGAAAGAGUUACUGGAGUACAUUGAUUAUGAUAAAAGCCCUGCGCAAGCAUCAACAUCUUCUAGAAAUGAUCAAGACAGCCAAGACCUGAGCAAAAUGGACGAAACUGAGUGGAGGUUGUCUUUCUCUGUUGCUAAAAACAAACUCGGCGAAAGUGUAUCUCCUGUGCAACGCCAUGUUCUUGUGCUCCUCAAAAUGAUCAAAAAGGUUUAUUUCCCAGACGUGAUAUCUUCAUAUCACUUGAAGAACUUACUAUUUUGGGAAAUUGAAAAGCAAGACAAGUCAUUUUGGAUGGAAAGUAAUAUGUCGAGCUGUUUGUUGUUGAUUCUGGAUCGAUUGCAAAAGAGUGCGGAAGAAGGUUAUCUCCCUCACUAUAUAAUCCCGACGAGCAACCUAUUCUGUUCAGAGGAUCCUUCUGAACUUACUCAAGCAGCUGUAGUCAUCUCUGACGUAAGAGUCAAUAUUUUGCCCAAAACGAUAAGCUUGCUGAAAAGAUGUUUGUCAAUGACUUAUCUAACAGAAACGUUCAUGAAAGACCUGAACGAUUUGGAAACGCUAGUCGAGAAACUACAUGACAAAUCGCUGAAAGAAGACGACGUGGCUGAACUAAUGAGCCUGUUGCUUGGCGUCUUUAUCGAGAAGAAUCGAGAAGUGUUAGAGACGAUUUACCAAGAACAAAGCCGUCAACCAGAAGAAGAACGGAAAAAUGCCGAAACGAUCAAGCAGAUGUUGCUUGUUCCUUUGAGUGCGUAUCAAUCACUUCUGGCAAGAAGUUUAUGUAAGGCAUGGUAUCUAAAACACAACAAAACCAAAGAAAACCCAUCAAGCCAUGAUUUUGCGUCAUUUGUAAAAGACGAAGUGAACAAAUUGCCUCUUGAUGACACGUUUUUUGACUUAACCAACUUGUAUUUUACGGAAGUAAGAGAAAAUAGAGAUAUGUCGCUUAUGAUUCCUUACACUUCUGCCAUGAAAACCACAAAGGAAUCUCACCGAAAAGUUGCAUGGAAGCAAGUCGGGGAUGUCCAUAACAAGGUAGACCAGGAAAUUAUGGCAGGAAGUACCAAAAGUGACCUGCAAGAAAUAUCAAAACGCCUUGAAGAAAAAUUUAAAUGUCAGAACCUGGAUAAUGUGACGAUUGAAGGUAUCAGAGCUGCAGUGUUUGAAGGACUUCAAUUAUUAGUUUCACGGAAAAAGUAAGUAAACAAAAAAAUAAAAGUAAACUAUGUUGUCAGUGAACUAUAAUGCAAAAAUCAUGAGGCAACAUGUGAGAUGCGGAAAAUAUCUGUGAAAUGAUGUCACAGAGACUCUCGCUAUAAUUAUAAAAAAUAGGUUUGUAACGUUAAAUGGUAUUUUUUUAUGAACACAAUACCAAGGGUUGUAAAAAUAUUUUUGAUCCAUUCAGGAAUGUCGCUUCAUGAUCCAAGUGAAUUCAUGAAAAUCGUUUUUGAUCCCGAUUAAGUCUAAAACGUGGAGUGAUCCAAUCACAAGGAUAGAAUUGAACUAUGAUUCCCACCAUUAUGUGAAAAGUAAACCUUAUUAUUAAUCUUUGCUACCAAUCAUGUCGCUGAUCCCUAAUCAAAUACACCCCAUUCUAUCUGAAUACCAGUAAACAAUUGUUUGGGCUGCCUGUGUCCGAACGUGGUUUUAUGUAAAGUGAUCACGUGUAAGAAGCGUUGUGCUGGACUGGGAACAUUUCGCUCGCCCCAGUACAAAAUCUUCAUUCAGGUAGACAGUCUAGUCCAGUCCUGGCCUCUCGUUUCCGACGCUCGUUGAAUCGCUGGGGAAAGAGAGUCCAGUAUAACUUGCAUGCGCAUGUCAGCU